AUGUAAUUCAAAUCAAAAUAAAAUGAUUAAUAAAUUUUACACUUCACUGUCAUUAGAAAGCACUUUUUUCUUGAUAGAAUUUACUACUUAAAAUUGGAAAAAGACUUUAUCAUAAUGAGUUCUGUAAGUUAUAAAUUUUAUAUAAAAAGGAAACUGAUUUUAAGAAACCAAAAUAUUAUUUAUCAUUAUCUCCUGAUACUGAAUUUGAAUGGAUUAUUAGAAAUCAAUAAUUAGUUGGUUUUCUAUUUCCUUAUAGAAAUAAGAUAAAGGAAUUUUAUGGGGAUAAGAAUCAUUUAACUUAGUUUAAAUUGUAACUUGGAAAAAUAAUUCUUUUUAAAUCUCUGAUUGUCCAUUAUAAAUUUUUACUAUAUUUAGAUUAAGGAGCAUUUGGAUCAGUAUGAUUAUUAAUAUUUAGGUGUCAUUGUAAUCCAAUUAUAUAACAGAAAAUAAAUUUGCUAUAAAAGCUUUGACAGCUUCUAAUAAAUAAUUGUAGAAAUAAAUCAUGAAUGAAAUUACUACUCUUAGAAGUCUAGACCAUCCUAAUAUCCUGAAAUUAUAUGAGGUUUUUAAAACAAAUUCUACAUAUUAUUUAGUGACUGAGUAUAUUGAUGGAAAAAAUCUAAAAUAAUUAUCUAAUGAAAUUCAUCAAAUGUAAGAUAAUUCAAUAUUAUGUUUACUUAAGGUAACUAUAUCAUAUUUAAUAUAGUAAUUAUUUGAAGGUUUAAAUUUUAUCCAUAAGAAUAACAUCAUUCAUAGAGAUAUUAAAUCGGCUAAUUUAAUACUUUAGAAAGAUGGAUUAUUGAAAAUAAUAGAUUUUGGAUUGGCUUGCUUUGAUGGAGAUUAAUUAAAGGACUAUCCAAAAUGUGGUACUCCUGGCUAUUGUGCUCCUGAAAUCCUGUAAAAUAUUGGAAAUAAGAAUUAAUAUGAUAGUAAAGUUGAUGUAUUUAGUGCUGGAUGUGUACUUUACAAAUUACUUACUUCUAAAAGCUUAUUUGAAGCUGAAACAUCAAAGUAAGUUUUAAAAAAAAAUAAAAAUUGUUUGUUUCACAUAAAAGAAUAAGGUCGACUAUUUGACUUAACUAAAAUUUUAGUAAGAUAAAAUCCUUUAGAUAGACCAACAAGUUUAUAGACUUUGUAAUUAAUUUAAAAAAUGAUUGAUGAUGAAUCCUUUGAUGUAAAUAUUUGGUAUAGAAAUACAUUUAAUUGUAAUUAAUCAACAUCAAGUUUGUUGAGUAACACUCCAAAAAAUGUAAAUCUCAGUAAAUCAAAUUUAAAGACUUUAUCUACACCAAAUAGUUCAAUAUAGUUUUUUUCAAAUUAAAUAAACAAAAUGAUUAAAUGA